UCCAGGCUCUCCUCCGUCUCUCUCCAUCAAAACACUCCUCUCCUCCACGAAUCUCGUGUUUUCUGGUGGAAAUGGCCGCGCAGGAGGUGGCCUCGCAGCCCAGCGACACUCUGGAGACGCUCAAAACCGAAUCCGAGACGCUGAAGACGAAGCUGGAGGAGGAGAGAGCCAAGCUGCACGAUGUCGAGCUACAUCAAGUGGCAGAGAAGACUGAGGCUUUGGGUCAGUUUGUCAUGAAGACCAGGCGAACCCUGAAAGGCCAUGGAAAUAAAGUCCUGUGUAUGGACUGGUGUAAAGACAAGAGGAGAAUCGUCAGCUCAUCUCAGGAUGGAAAGGUGAUUGUAUGGGAUGCCUUUACAACAAAUAAGGAGCAUGCGGUGACUAUGCCCUGCACGUGGGUCAUGGCCUGUGCUUACGCCCCCUCUGGAUGUGCAGUGGCUUGUGGUGGGUUGGACAAUAAGUGCUCUGUGUACCCUCUAUCCCUGGACAAGAACGAAAACCUUGCCGCCAAGAAGAAAUCAGUGGCCAUGCACACCAACUACCUGUCCGCAUGCUGCUUUACUAACUCAGAUAUGCAGAUCCUGACGUCUAGCGGUGACGGCACGUGUGCUCUUUGGGAUGCAGAGAGCGGUCAGAUGCUGCAGAGCUUCCAUGGACACGCGGCUGAUGUGCUGUGUCUGGAUCUAGCCCCCUCUGAGACCGGAAACACAUUCGUGUCAGGGGUGGGAACUGAGCUGCUGAUACCAAACACAAGCCACACGAACCCUCCAUUGACAAACUAGUGUCACACACAAG